UUACCUAGGGAAGACCCGACUCACCGAGCGCACGACACGCACUAGCUGGCGACAUAGAACUGCUAUAGGAUCAGACGCAAGUCUGGAGUCAGUCCGCUAGCGCAAAUCCUUUUCCUUAUUUUGUAUUUAUUGGUCCUUAUUUUAACCUGGACAGAACGAUGAAGUUAGAACUGGAGAUCUAAUCACUGAACUAAACAUUUGGAUGAUUCGAGUCCAUUGACAUUUCUAUAGGGAUAGAAAUAGUGUUCAGGUCCUCCCCAAAUAUAGCUAUUCCUUACUGAGGAACCCAAGACGCGCAUUCUCACAAGCACAAGUGGCUUGCUUGAACCAGCAUCGUGGCUACUCUUCCAGCAGUGGCAUGUUCGAGGGAUAAAGCGGACACAAUUGAACUCCCACCUAAGGAGGAUUCAAUGAAAAUGUCUGUCUGCGUCCACGAGAACCGCAAGUCGCGUGCCAGCACCGGCUCCAUGAACAUCUACCUGUUCCACAAGUCAUCGUAUGCCGACAGCGUCCUCAUGCACCUGAACACACUGCGGCAGCAGCGUCUCUUCACCGACGUCCUCCUCCAUGCCGGGAGUCGCUCCUUCCCCUGCCACCGUGCUGUGCUGGCUGCCUGCAGCCGCUACUUUGAGGCCAUGUUCUCUGGCGGGCUGAAGGAGAGCCAGGCCAGCGAGGUGGACUUCAGGGACUCCAUCCACCCGGAGGUCCUGGAGCUCUUAUUAGACUAUGCUUACACGUCCCGGGUUGUCAUCAACGAGGAGAAUGCCGAGUCCCUCCUUGAGGCAGGGGACAUGCUGGAGUUCCAGGACAUCCGGGACGCCUGCGCCGAGUUCCUGGAGAGGAACCUGCACCCGUCCAACUGCCUGGGCAUGCUGCUGCUGUCCGACGCCCACCAGUGUACGAAGCUGUCUGAGCUCUCCUGGGGCAUGUGCCUCAGCAACUUCCCCACCAUCUGCAAGACAGAGGAUUUCCUCCAGCUUCCCAAAGACAUGGUGGUGCAGUUCCUGUCCCACGAGGAGCUGGAGACAGAGGAUGAGAGGCUGGUCUACGAGGCUGCCCUCAACUGGGUCAACUACGACUUGGAGAGGAGGCACUGCAACCUGCCUGAGCUGCUGCAGACCGUCCGCCUGGCUCUACUCCCUGCCAUCUUCCUCAUGGAGAAUGUGUCCACAGAGGAGCUGAUCAAUGACCAGUUGAAGAGCAAAGAGCUGGUGGACGAGGCUAUCCACUGCAAGCUGAAGAUCCUUCAGAACGAUGGUGUGGUGAAAAGCCCCUGCGCCCGACCCAGGAAGACCAGCCACGCCCUGUUCCUGCUGGGAGGACAGACCUUUAUGUGUGACAAGCUGUACCUGGUGGACCAGAAGGCCAAGGAGAUCAUCCCCAAGGCAGACAUCCCCAGCCCCAGGAAGGAGUUCAGCGCCUGCGCCAUCGGCUGUAAUGUCUAUGUGACUGGCGGGAGAGGCUCAGAGAACGGCGUGUCCAAAGACGUGUGGGUCUACGACACCUUGCACGAGGAGUGGUCCAAGGCGGCGCCCAUGCUCAUCGCUCGCUUCGGCCACGGCUCGGCCGAGCUGAAACACUGCCUCUACGUAGUUGGAGGACACACGGCCGGCACCGGCUGCCUCCCUGCCUCGCCCUCAGUGUCCCUGAAACAGGUGGAGCAGUUCGACCCGGUGGCCAAUAAAUGGACCAUGGUGGCGCCGCUGAGGGAGGGCGUGAGCAACGCAGCGGUGGUCAGCGUCAAGCUGAAACUCUUUGCCUUCGGAGGCACAAGCGUCACCCACGACAAACUACCCAAGGUGCAGUGCUAUGACCCGCAGGAGAACCGCUGGACGGUGCCCGCCUCCUGCCCACAGCCCUGGCGCUACACUGCCGCUGCUGUCCUUGGAAACCAGAUAUUUGUGAUGGGUGGGGACACGGAGUUCUCAGCGUGCUCAGCCUAUAAGUUCAGCAGCGACACGUACCAGUGGACUAAAGUGGGAGACGUGACAGCCAAGAGAAUGAGCUGCCAGGCCGUGGCGUCAGGUAACAAACUGUACGUGGUGGGGGGCUACUUUGGCACGCAGCGGUGUAAGACUCUGGACUGUUAUGAUCCGACACUGGACGCGUGGAACAGCAUAACUACCGUACCCUACUCCCUCAUCCCAACGGCCUUCGUCAGCACCUGGAAACAUCUCCCUGCCUGAGCUGCAAGGGAUCCUGGGAUAGCCUGACACCUCCAUCCCAACCCUCCUCCCAUGAGAUUUCCCUGUUUUGCAUCAUCCACUGGAUUGGAACUUCCUGUCUGUGCAAAAAACAAAAACAAAAAAAAAAAACAAUCCAUAAAUAGACCUCAACCAUGGGGUGAGUGUGAAAACACACCUUGAUCCCAUCCUGAUGACGCUGUGAGUACACCGACGUUUAAAGAGCGAUCAACGCUCCUGGGAGGACCUUGUACACAGAACGACGUCACCAUGUCAAUGAUGUCAUAUCGUUUCUGAGAGGGAGGUUUGGAUGUUGUCCAUGCGAUCACGCUCAACAAACUGCUGCUUGCGCUGUAAGAUAACAGCGACCCCUUCAUCCCAGUGUACUAUCGGCAAAUGGCGCCGUUGCUUCGCAGCCUUUCAUAAAAUAACCAUCAACAUACCGGUCAGUCACACAGCCUCUUCAUUUCUUUCCGUUCAAUCGUGAAAGACUCGUAUCGCUAUGUCGUUGCGCUUCUCACUCUGAUAAUUCUGUGAAAAGAAACAACAAAAAAAAUCGAAUAAAAAACAAGCCCUCUGCACACGGACUUUAAUAUAAUGGCAUGAAGAAUACCUGGCUGGACAUAGGAUACAUAUGAAGAGAGAGGAGAGUGGAGAGUCAGUGAUCAGCAUGUGUGUGACCAGACCAGAGAACGGGACAAAGACAAAACCCUUCAGCUUGUUUAUAACCAGCUGAUCCACAAACUGAUCCAGGAUAUGCACAGUGAAGGAACAACACCAUCCCCUCUCUCUCCUCUCCUCCACUCUUUACUCUUCCGUUCUGUUAGUUGCCUCCGUUGUGUAUCUGAUACAUUAGACUCUUUGCGUUCCAUCUGGGAGAGAUUAUAUUGCUCUAUUGGCCACCAGUCCUUCUGCACUAGCCAAAGAGAGAGAGAGAAAAAGAGAGAGAACCUCCUCCCUUCCUCUUCCCGUCCCCAUCACCUAGUGGGCGUUUGGGGUUUAAAACAUUAUAAUGGGCGUUGGGAGUUCCUGUUUGGAAGUUUUGUGUGAGACCUGGCUCUAGCUGUCACUACGUGUCCUGGGGACUUUAGGUGCCGGCACCAGCUGAGCCUGAGAGGGGGGUUGGCGAAGGAGGUGACAUGACUACUGAAGUGAAGAACCCCAAAGGAAAACCAUUUUGGCUGUAGGCUACUACACUCUCCCCAUGCAAAAUAACACACAUCCAAGAACAGUAAAGGACAAUGCAAUGUAGAACUGAAGAAAAUGCUCAUUCAAGCUCAGUAGUACUACACAAAAUACUGUUUAGUCUUGGACACGAUUUACUGAUCGUUCUGAUGUUAUUCCAAUGAGAAGUAUUGUUUUGUUGGAGUACUGAUGGAUUGAUCUUCCGCUUUGCCUAAACGGUGAUACUGAAUUCUUCUGAACAUCUAUGGUCACGGGGACUCGAUACAGUUGGCAUGAACUUCUCUGGUCAAGAGAAUCUUGUCAAUUUGCUUACCCAAACUGAAACGUAAAAUAUUCAUUUUCUGAUCUUGCUGCAAUGUAUUAUGUUUCAGAAGUCUUCAUUUAUAAGAAAAUGACUUUACUUUAUUCGUUUAUGUAAAAUAAUGCUUAAUCCUAUGUAUUGUUUCUCUGCCUGCAUUCAUACAUGAAUAAGUGAAUGAAUGUUUAUCGUUUAACGGGGUAUAUCAUGCAUGGCCCAAGUUAAAGCUGCUCUAUUUUUUAUUUCAUUUGGGCUGCUUUUUUUUGCACAGUUCAGUUUCUCCCAAUGUGGAACCUUAUCUUUGUAAAGUGGGGUGUACAGAUCAGAGGUUAGAGGUCAGGGGUUAAGGGUCAGAGUCGGGAUGGACAUGGGGAGGAUGGACGUCGCUCAGAUUACCCAGAGUGCAGGUGGCCGGGUCAGAGGAUCAAUAAGGCCUUGCGUAGAGAAUAUUUUGUUUUAGCGGUGGACUCUGGGUAGUGUAAUAUCUCACAUUUUAAUGUUGACUUCUAUGAGGCAUAUCUGCUUAGUUUGAUGGAAUUUAACUAACAGACUCUGGUCAAACUGGGGCCUAAAGCGCUACACCAAAUGGCCUUGGUGUUGUGUCAACAGAGACACUGCUAGAGGAAAACAACAACAACAAUGUUAACGAUAAGAACAAGCAGGCUGUGAGAAUUUGUAUGUGUUAGAAGCUAGCGGCAGAGGCACGCAGUAACUGUCUGGAAAAUCAGCACAGUGACACACGCGCACACACGCACGCACACACGCACACACACACACACACCCUGUGACCCUGACACCGCUAGCCAGGCCCUGUGUAGUUAUGUGAGGAAUGUGAAGGGGCAGCUGUCCUUGGAACAGCUGGGGGACUGACUGUGUCACAUCUACCCUGGACUCAACCCCUUCAGGCGUUACUCUAGGUCCCCUCACUAGGUCCCCUCUGAGUCCCUCUUGAGUCCCUGGGCCCUUUAAGUCCCACACUCAAAUAUGAAAUAUUCUGACUUGAGAUGAGUGUAUGUAAAUCAGACUUUCUUGUAAAUAAUUUAUUAAUAUCAACGGGAGACUUGCAUGACAAUUUGAGCAUGUAGAUCUCAAGUCAGAAUACUUCCCGUUUAGUGUAGUGUGAGAGUGAAAAUGAGGGGGAUGAGGAAGAGGAUGGGUUAGUUGAAUCCUGUAAUCUUGGUGUGUUGGUGUUGAUAAGGGCAGGCGGACACCGCUGUGCUUUUCACAAUAGUGUCACUGAUGUACGGGAGGAAAUAUGACAGGGGAGAGUUCCUAAGACCAAAAAAUAAAAUUCUGGACUUUUUGUCUGUUUGUCUGUCUAGGUGGCCAAAACAUUGACAUAUAGAGUUUAGCAUCAAUGAAAUCAUUAUGUAUGUCAACAAAAAAGCUAACAGUUGUAUAGAUUUUCCCAGGAUGUAUAAUGGUUGUAUUCAGUGAAUCGCCUCAACCCCUAAGAACUAAAUGGGCAUUCCACAUUCCAGUUUGAUUGUGUGAGCCACCCACUUCCUAGCCCACCUCGCAGGCCUACAAAAGCAGGAAUCGUUUGAGGAAUUCUAUGGAGACUCAUUAGCACCUUGAUCUCAACCCCCUAACCAACCCGUUCACAGAACACUGCCCAACUGGCCUCACAAAUCAGACAAGCGGGUUACUUAAGUGAUAAUGCCCGAGAAGUCGGGGUUUGGAGGAUAAAUUGGCAUGGGUGUUGUUAGGCACUUGUUGUUAGGCCCUUGAUAUUGGCAAACCGGGCCAAUAUAUCCUCCAAACACCGGCUUGGAGGGCAUUAUCUAUUUUAUACAGGUUACAGGUUUCCAACAUAUUCAAAUAAUGAUUGACAUAUUUUCAUUAAAAACUUUAUUUUGAUUAAUUUAUUCAUACUAUUUAAUCCUUCCACAAGAUAUAGUCCCGACACAAAUCUAUGGUUGCUAGAGACGCGACCCCAUCGUUGCUUGCUAGCUAGCCAAAUAUGGGUAAUUUACAGUCAUGUCAAAAAAUGCAGCCAGAAUAACAGCAAAGUAGCUGCAUUUCCAUUUGUUUAAGCUGUUUUCUAGUGACAUUUAUUUGGAUACAUCCAUAACAAUAAGUUAAUGAGGCACGAUUUCGCCUGGCAUAGAAAAUGUGCUCACUCAUCAGAGUAGCUAGCCAACAAUACAGCUACAGUAACACAAUCACUUCAACCUGAAGCUGGAAAGACUGCAAAUUAGCUGAGUUUCAUUUGACCUUUUUUCAAUUGAAUUAUUUUUGUAUAUAUGCCAAAAAUUAUGCCAGCUGAUUCAUGAUUUUGACUGGCUGAGAAACGCUGCCUUCCUGUCUGUCUCGUCCCGACUCAUUCAUUACUUUGAAUAUUGAAACAAUGUUGCAAAUGUCGGAGAGACAGACAGCAAGGUUUAUAUCUCCAAUGUUGAAAUCAAUAUGUUAGUCUAAAAUAAAUGUGAGAUAAUGUCCAGAUGCUUUUUAUAGUGGAGAUCAAGCUUAAUAAGUGCCUGGCUGGGCUGAUGAGACAGUGGAUUGCACAGUCAGAUGGAACAGGCAUUUUAACGUCAUAGAUUUAGCCGGUGGUAAUUUGUGGAAUAGACUGUCUGGAAUGCAGUUUUAACCAAUCAGCAUUCAGGAUUAGACCUGCCCGUAGGAUAAUCCCUUUUCGAACACAAAUGACCCUGGCAACGGUCAACAAUGACUGCUCCUCCAAUUUAGACGUAAUUGUUGAGUGGCAUUUUUUCCACCUCUCUCAUUUCUCUCUUUGCCCCCUCUCUCUUCCUCCUUUAUUGAGAUUCAGCUCGGUCACGUGAGAGUGUCUUCUCCCCGGCAGGCUUGCUGUAGGCAUUCACCAAAAAUGAUGUAAAAUUCAGACAGGAUGCAUCUUUAAAAGCACUGUCAUCAAUGUCAUUUCUUUUUCAUGUCAAAGUAACAUUUUAUUUCAAUUUUUUUUAUAACAUUGUUUUGUACAUGUGACAGAUUUUUUUCACAGUGUGAAAUUCAUAGCAAAAUAAACAUAAGAGUUUUUCCUCUUGACUGUAA